CAACACAUAUAUUUCGUAUUAUUAUUUGUUGAAAUCAAAACAAGAUCUGAAUUUAGUUUAGGAUAAUGUGCAGCAGAGGGCACUGGCGGCCUGCAGAAGACGAGAAGCUUCGAGAGCUGGUGGAGCGUUACGGACCUCAUAACUGGAACGCCAUAGCUCAAAAGCUUCAAGGAAGAUCUGGGAAGAGCUGCCGCUUGAGAUGGUUCAACCAGUUGGAUCCUCGAAUCAACAGAACCCCUUUCACCGAGGAGGAAGAAGAGAGGCUGAUGGCGUCCCACAGGGUUCAUGGCAACAGAUGGGCCAUCAUCGCAAGGCUUUUCCCCGGCCGCACCGAUAACGCAGUCAAGAACCACUGGCACGUCAUCAUGGCUCGUAGGUCUAGAAAUAAAUCCAAAACCCAAACCCUAACACAAACCCUAACCCAAACACACAAUAAUAAUAAUAACAAUAAUCGUCUUCUUCUUUCUUCCUUUCUCCAACUCCAUGCAUAUCCCACUUCUAAUAUUUCAUUCAUCCCCAAACCACCACCUGAUGAUGCAGCAGCGGCGGCGGCGGCGCAUAGUAGUUGUUCCAUUAUUCAUUAUUACGACUUUCUCCAAGUUAAUAGUACGGAUUCUAUGAAUGGAAGUGAAGUGAUAGAUAACUCAUCAAGAAAAGAAGAUUAUGAAGAGGUGAAUAAUAAUAACAAUGGAGAACAACAGGCGGUACUACUUCCCUUCAUUGAUUUUUUUUCUGCCUCCAGUAACAACACAUCCAUCUCAUGAUCCUCCUAAACACACACACACACACACAUAUAUAACCAACCCAAAAAAAAUUAAACCUCCUUUAUAUAUAUAUUCUCACAUUUCCUCUAACUCACUUGGGGCAUCAUGGAAAUCACAAUACCCCGCCCCCAUAUAUACAUACAUACCAUAUAUAUAUAGUAUCCAUUAUAAUGCUGCUAAUUAAAUUGUACACACUUACACACAUCACUUAAUAUUUUCUAUUUUUUUUCAUGAUCUCUAUUGUCUCAUCCCUUGUCCAUAAUCUUGUUAACUAAGAUUAGAUAUGAUGUGAUGUGAUAUAUAGAUAUUGUGAGUAGAAUUUUAGGCAAAAGAUGUGGUUACUUCUCCAAUAUUGUUACUUGCAACUAUAUAAAGAGAAUAAAUCAAAUAAGAGAUAUCUAACCCUAACUCAGCAUCAAGAGAGAAAUAUAUACAGAUACUUAUGAAAUAAUUAAAGAUCAGAAAAAUCUUCAAAAUUCACUAUGAAUUCAACAUAUAUUUAUUUAGUGUAUAAUAUAUGUUGGAGCUCUAAUAAUGGUUCGAACUCUUUUUUUCAGCAAAAAAAAAACUAUGCAUAUGUAUGUAUGUAUACACACCAGAGACUUGUUUGAAUAGUUAUAAAAGCUGAACAUAAUUAGGCCCUUUAAAUUUUUUGGUAGCCCAGUUAAUUACUUAUUAAAACUUGCGUUUUUCUUUCUAACUUCUUGCCAGGUUUUAAUUACUAAUUAAUCUAUCCACAUGCAAGUAAGCUUGACGUAUAAAUACUCUUUAGUUUUUCAUAUAUAUAUAUAUAUGGUAAUAGAUUGAUCAAUAUAGUUAGCAGCAAUCUUUGAAUAAAAGGAAAUCAAAAUUUUAUAUAGAGAGUUUAUCAUAACUAAUCAAGAGCAGGGAAUUGAAGUAUGCCACUUGGUGUAUGUAAAUGACCUAAAACAUAUUGUUGGCUUCAAACACCUAUUAAAAGCCAAUAUGAGUACAGUUAUUCAGCUAACAUACAUUUGUAAUAUCAAUUUCAUGUUUAAAAUUCAAUAUCUCCACUCCAUAUAUUGUCAAAAACAACAAUAUACGCAUAUGUAUUUAUAUACAAUUUGGUAGAACUGGAAAGUCAAAAUGAUCAACUCAUUCUGCAGAGUUUGAGAAGACUGAUCCUACACUAAGAAGCUUAACACAAAAUGGACAUUCAACUUGUUCUCCAAAAGAAAAACUUUGGCUUAAAGUGAACUUGUAAUUGUCUUAAUGUCUAUUUUUUGUUUGGCCGUUAUUAAAAUUCGACUUUAUCUUACUUUUACUAAAUAAUCUAAUUAAAUUUUCGUUCGCUCUAGUUCUGAAAA